UCAGAAUACGCCAAACCGCUAUCAGUGUCGAUUACGCCAUGCAACACUUACUAUUGCGUUCUACAGAGGGGAAAACCUACCACCUUUGAAAUUACGUUUCAAGCAUUUGAUGACCUUGAGGCCGCAGGUGUUGAAGUGUCCGCUAUAUUUAAAACUGUCAUGAUGUUGGUAACGUUUCCAAACGCAAAUGUGUGCGAUCGGCUUAAUCCACCUUGCCCGAUUAGAGCACGACAAACAUACACUUACAGCUACACAACCGCGAUUGCAGAAAGCUUUCCG